AUGGCUGGCCAAUCUAAACCGGUGCGCCUCUCUCCAUGGGGAAGCGCCGUCGCAGGUGCAUCCGGUGCCGUUCUGGCAAAUGCGAUGGUAUACCCACUAGACUUGAUCAAAACGAAAUUGCAAGUUCAGGUGAAACAGGUCAAAAGCGAUCAAGGGGCACAAGAAGUCGAACAUUUCGAAGGAACUCUGGAUGCCAUUAAAAAGAUUGUGGAGAAGGAGGGUGCGAGUGGUCUAUACCAGGGAAUGGCUGGAUCUCUCCUGGGUGUGGCCUCGACCAACUUCGCGUACUUCUACUGGUACAGCACGGUUCGAACAUUGUACAUGAAGACGAGCAAAUCUUCCAGCGCUCCAAGUACCGCAAUCGAGUUGUCCCUCGGUGCAGUGGCGGGUGCCUUGGCCCAACUUUUCACCAUCCCGGUCGCCGUUGUUACUACUCGCCAGCAAACACAACCCAAGAACGAGAAAAAGGGCCUGAUCGAAACGGGACGAGAGGUUAUUGAAAGUGAGGACGGCUGGACCGGCCUCUGGCGUGGCUUGAAGGCCAGUCUCAUCUUGGUCGUCAACCCUGCUAUUACUUAUGGCGCCUAUCAACGAUUGAAGGACGUCUUCUUCCCUGGAAAGAAUAAUUUGAAGCCAUGGGAGGCAUUUUUCCUUGGAGCUGCCUCGAAGGCCCUUGCCACUAUCGCGACCCAGCCUUUGAUUGUUGCAAAGUCUUUCGGAGAAGUCAUGAAAUACAUCAUUGACAACGAGGGAAUACUUUCCCUCUUCAAGGGCAUUGGACCCCAGAUCCUGAAGGGCCUUCUGGUUCAGGGUCUCCUUAUGAUGACCAAGGAAAGAAUGGAAAUCUUGUUCAUUGCCCUGUUUGCCUAUCUCACUCGCGUUAAGAAGAGCAAAUUAUCAAAGGCUGUUGACGCUGCGGCUGAUAAGGCCAAGACCAGCCUGCCUGCAACUUUGAAAUAG